GGAGUAUCUUACGCUUACAAUUUGACAUACAGUCACUUUUUUCUGUGAUGGAGCGGAAGUAGGAUUUGGAGGGUUUGAGGUUAUCUAAUAAGAAAAGGAUGGAUUCAUCAGAGAGUCCGGCAACGCAACGGCGGAAGGCCAAGCUGAUGUUCGGCCUGAAAGGCAAAAAGAAGAAGAAGAAGGUCGACUCCGACUUGGUGCUGGCAAACAAGGCGGCAAUCGACGGCGAAGCUCAGGUCUCCUCUGAAACGUCUCAGCUGCUGGAAGGAGACGACGUUGAGCACCAACAAGGAAGCUCUACUGUCAGAACCAGAAUCCUGCCUAACACCAAGAGGUCCAAGCUGAAAACUGCCAUUCAGGACAGUGAAGGCAAGGCACAGAGCUUCCAGAUCGCCAUUAACAUCACGGAGGCCAAGCAGCUGGUGGGCGAGAACAUCGACCCCAGUGUGGUGAUCGAGAUCGGCGAUGAGAAAAAACAGACGUCGGUCAAAGAAGGAACCAACGCUCCUUUUUACAAUGAGUAUUUUGUCUUUGACUUCUUCGCUCACAAAGACGUCUUCUUGGACAAAGUCAUCAGGCUGACGGUGAUGCACUCCAAGAUGCUGAGGAGCUUCUGCAUCGGCUCCUUCAAAAUGGACGUGUGGACGGUGUACAAACAAGCAGGCCAUCAAUUCGUCAACAAGUGGGCGAUGCUGACAGUUCCCGGCGACAUCAGCACCGGUGUCAAAGGUUACGUCAAAUGCGACAUCAGUGUCUCGGCGAAGGGCGACGCCAUGCAGCCCGGAGUUAAAGCCAGCGACGCUGAGGAGCAAAUCGAGAAGAACCUGCUGAUACCAGAGGGGUUCCCCUCAGAGCGCCCCUGGGCCCGUUUCUGCGUGAAGGUGUACCGAGCCGAAGGUCUUCCCCGCAACAACUCCAGCAUCAUGGCCAACGUCACCAAGGCCUUCAUCGGGGACAACACGGCGCUCAUAGACCCUUACGUGGUGGUCAGCUUCUUCAGACAAGUGGGUCGCACGACCACGCAGAGGUCCACCGCAGACCCGGUGUGGAACGAGCAGGUGGUCUUCACUGAGAUGUUUCCUCCACUGUGCCAGAGGAUGAAGAUCCAGGUCUGGGAUGAAGGGAGCGUGAGUGACGUUGCCAUAGCGACCCAUUACUUCGACCUGAGGCGCAUCUCCAACGAGCAAGAUGGCGACCGAGGGUUUUUGCCGACGUUCGGCCCCGCCUGGGUCAACCUGUACGGCUCCGUCAGGAACUCUCUGGGCGACGACACGGCCGAGCUGAACGAGGGCAUCGGAGAGGGCGUGUCUUACAGGGGGCGUGUCUACGUGGAGCUGGCGGUGGAGAUCCUGUCCGGGGGCCCGGGCCCGGAGUCCAAACUGGCGCGGAUAAUUAAGCCGGCGAAAGACGCCAAGACGGGGAAGGCCGCGGGGAAGGAUGGCAAGACCGCGGCAUCAGCAGCAGCCGGCGCAGGAGGCGGGGCUUCAGGAGGCACGGGGGAAGACGACAGAGGGAAAGCGGCGGCGGAGGUUCUACCUGUGGAAUGUCCUCCCACGCUCAACGCCGACAACAGAAGCGACUUCCUGCUUUUCGGCGCCGUGUUUGAAGCCAGCAUGGUGGACAGGAAGAUCGGAGACAAGCCUCUCAGUUUGGAGUUCUCCCUGGGUAACUAUGGCAACGUGCAGGAGGCCAGCGCCCAGCCCGGCCCACGCGCCCCGAGUCCCGCCCUGGGUCGCAGGAGACCCUUCGGGGACAACCCGGACUCCCCCUCCUCCUCGCUGCUACCCAGGGAGCCCCAGGACCCGGCCAGGUCGUCCAGGUCCACCACGCGUCCCCAAAAGCCGCUCAUCGUGGAAGGAAACAGGUACUACAUGUAUUUGCCACUGGAGAAAGAGAAGCCUUGCAUCAAUGUUCUGAGUCAGUGGGAGGACAGAAGCUAUCGUCUGUACAAUUCCAACAUGCUGGAGAACAUAGCAGUCCUGUUUGAAGAAGGCGUGGCCACAGCCGCCGAGCUCCACAGGAAGUUGCACCCCGGGGCUGAGCAGGCGCUCAGAACAACGGUCCAAGAGUUCUGCGUGGAUGCCAGGAGUUUUAUCGCCGCUGCAGAGUCCAGGUUGAAGGCGGAGCUGAAGUCCGGUCACCUGACACAGCUGGACAGGAAGCGCCUCACCAUGUGCAAACAGGAGCUGGAGAGCAUGAUCGGCGACGCUCGGUCCCUGGUGGAGAGGAAGAGGAACGCAGGCGGCGUGAAAGAAGCGCUGCGGGACGCCACAAAACUCACACACCAACUGCGCUUCUUGGUGGAGGAGCCGCAGCACACGGUGCCCGACAUUUUUGUGUGGUUGCUGAGCAACAACAAGCGUGUGGCCUACGCUCGUCUGCCAGCCAGAGACGUCGUCUUCUGCAGCCGUCAGGAGGCUCGAGGAGUUCACUGUGGAAAGAUCCUGACGCUCUUCCUCAAGCCACCAGGGAAGCGUGUCUCAGGGUUGUCGGUCCAAGCCAAAGUAGAUGUGUAUUUGUGGUUUGGAUCCUGCACGGACUCCUGCCACAUGUUGGAUGACCUGCCUGCAGGGUUCACGGCCGCCACAGGGGGCGCUGCUGCCAAUAUCCCACCCACUCACCUGAACUGUAUAGAGCAGCACCAGUUCCAGCUAAGGUGUCACAUGUAUCAGGCUCGCGGGCUGAUUGCUGCCGACAACUCGGGUCUGUCCGACCCGUUUGCUCGCGUCACCUUCCUGUCACACAGCCAGACCACCAACGUGAUCAGUCAGACUCUGAGUCCCACGUGGAACCAGUGCCUGCAGAUGAGUGGCAUCCUGCUGAGCGGAGACCUUCGGCACAUCCUGGAAGAACCGCCGAGACUCGUCAUCGAAGUGUACGAUGACGACGCCCUGGGCAAGGCUGAGUAUCUGGGGGCUACGGUGGCGAACCCCGAAGUCCAUUUGUUCUCCGAGCCGUACACGCCCCCCACCCUGCGGUACAGCCCGCUGCACCACGGCAGCCAAUCAGGGGGAGAGCUGCUGGCGGCCUUCGAGCUAGUUCAGAUCGCCAUGUCUGGAGAGGAAAGUCUGCCCCACUUGGAGGAGCAGGAAGGAGGCGUCUUCACGGUCCCUGCCAACAUCCGGCCUGUUCUCAGCCCCUACAGACUAGAGGUUUUAUUUUGGGGUCUAAGAGAGCUGAAGAAGGUUCAGUUGCUGUCUGUUGAUCGUCCUCAGGUGUUCAUAGAAUGUGCCGGAAAAACGUUGCGGUCUUCCGUCAUCCAGCGGUACAAGUCCAACCCCAACUUCACCACACUGGUUGACACAAUUGAACUGGAGUUACCGGAGAACGAGCACCUCCACCCCCCGCUCAGCAUCACUGUUGUUGACUGGCGGGCGUUCGGCCGCAGCACGCUGGUUGGCAACCACGUCAUCAACAACCUGAUGACUUUCAAAUACGUCACCCCCCCGCCUGCCGCCCGACAGACACGCACAGAGCCGCCAGAACCAGGACACGCUACGGGAGCCGCUGAAGAGACAUCUUCCGCCGCGGCGUCAACUCGUCCAGAUGUCCUCAUCACCGUGGAGGAAGAUGCCCCUCCUCCUCCCCACCAGAGCCCUACCACGAAGACGGACCCCGAAAGGAAGAAGGAGAGGCGCACUCGGAGCAGCCGUCGUUCCACCAAGCGGCGGAGGCGGACCAUCGCUGAUGAGUCGGCGGAGUGCGUCAUUGACUGGUGGUCCAAAUAUUACGCGUCGGUGGAGAAGCAGACCAAACAGACUGAAGGCUCUCUGCUGCCCCAAGUCUUCGAAAAAGCUUUGCCGUACCACAGCUUGCUCAGCGAUGGAAUAGACUCUUUAGUGAGUAGCUCCUCGGAUGUGGACAAGAAGAAGAAACAGAAGGGAAAAGGAACACCGGACCAAAACCUGAGUUUGAGUCUGCCCACCAAACUGGCCAUGCUACAGCUGUACAGCAAGGAGCUGGAGGCCGAGUUCGGACCUUUUAACGACUGGGUAAACACGUACGAGCUGUUCCGAGGGAAGGCUAACGAGGAAGAGGGCUCGACAGAGGAGAGGUUCGUCGGCAAGUUUAAGGGUCGUUUCUGCCUGUAUAAGCUGCCUGGGGACGAAGACGGAGACUGGGACGAGGACGACGGACAGCUCAGGGUCAACAGAGGGAUCCCGGCCAACAACCCAGUUCAAGUCCUGAUUCGGGUUUACAUCGUCUCUGCGUCUAACCUGCACCCUGCAGACCCGGAUGGAAAGGCAGACCCGUACGUUGUGGUUCAACUGGGCAAGAACGAAAUUAAAGACAGAGACAACUACAUCCCAAAACAGCUCAACCCUGUCUUUGGAAGGUCGUUUGAGAUGCAGGCGACGUUCCCCAAAGAUUCUCUGCUCUCAGUGCUCAUAUAUGACUACGACAUGGUGGGAGGGGAUGAUCUGAUAGGAGAGACACGGAUCGACUUGGAGGACCGCUUCUUCAGCCGACACCGGGCCACCUGCGGACUCCCUACCGAGUAUAGCCUUGAAGGUUAUAAUGCCUGGAGAGACUGCCUGAAGCCGUCAGAGCUGCUGUCCAAGCUGUGCAAAGAACGUGGUCUGGACGGUCCUCAUUUCAGUCCGGGACGCAUCACUGUGGCCAACAAAGUCUUUGCUGGAAAGACGCUCUUCAUGCAAGAAGAUGAGGAACCCACAGAAUCCUAUGAGCACUUGUCCUUAAAGAUCCUCCAUCGUUGGGGCGAGAUUCCAGCUGUGGGGUGCAAGCUGGUGCCAGAACACAUCGAGACCCGAACUUUGUUUAACAAGGCUCGGCCGGGGAUGGACCAGGGUCAGGUCCAGAUGUGGGUUGACAUGUUCCCCAUGGAUCUGCCUCAUCCUGGACCAGCAGUGGAUAUUUCACCUCGCAAGCCCAAAGGCUACGAGCUUCGCGUCGUCAUCUGGAACACAGAGGACGUCAUCCUGGAGGACAGCAACUUCCUGACUGGUCAGAAGUCCAGUGAUAUUUAUAUCAAGGGAUGGCUCAAGGGUUUGGAGGAUGACCGCCAGGAAACAGACGUCCACUACAACUCACUGACGGGGGAAGGGAACUUCAACUGGCGCUUCGUUUUUCCUUUCAGCUACCUGCCUGCUGAGAAGGUGUUGGUGGUGAAGAAAAGGGACAACAUUUUCUCUCUGGAUAAAACCGAACAGAAGCUGCCCGCCAUCCUCAUCCUGCAGGUGUGGGACUUUGAGACGCUCUCAUCCGACGACUUCCUAGGCACGCUGGAGCUGGACCUGCACGGCUUCCCUCGCGGCGCAAAAACAGCCAAGUCGUGCAAGGGGGACGUCUUCACCGACGGGACGGAGCGGAUCUCCAUCUUCCAGCAAAAGCGGUCCAGAGGCUGGUGGCCCUUCAGGAAGUCUGGAGAGCUGACGGGGAAAGUAGAGGCCGAGUUCCACCUUGUGACCGGCGAAGAGGCUGAGAAGAACCCAGUUGGCCGAGCCCGCAAGGAGCCGGAUCCACUACCCAAACCCAACCGCCCCGACACGUCCUUCUCGUGGUUCGUCAACCCCUUCAAGUGUUUCUUCCACCUGGUGUGGCGGAACUACAAGAAGUACAUCAUCGUGGCCCUGGUGCUGCUCAUCACCGUGCUCUUCCUGGCUCUGCUGCUCUACACGCUGCCAGGCGCCAUCUCCCAGAAGAUAGUCAACGGGUGAUGCGCAUGCGCUCGCUUGGCCGUCGUUCACAUUCGUUCGAAAUUAGAAUCCGUCUUUUGUGACUUUUCAAUCGCCCUUCGGUGCAUUUUCUUGUCGAGAAAGGCUGCAGCGUUUUGAAACAGGUUUUUAUUUAUCUGGCCUUGAAAUUGGACUUUUAACGUUUUCAUUCAGGACCAUUUUGACUGAUAAACAACAAAAGACAAUCAAAUAAAGAAUGGC